GAGAGAGAGAGAGAGAGAGAGAGAUCUACAAACAAAAGAAAACAUAAAAAGUUGGGAGUUUUGAUCGAAUUAGGCCAGUGUAGCCGCCUCGAAUCGGAGCCAAUCUCAUCGUUUCUAGGGUUUUCAUCGUGCUCGCGUCUCCUUCGAUCUCUCUAGAUCGGAAUUUUGGGAGCUUGGAUCGAUGGGGCGGAAGAAGGCUGUAGCCAUUGACGAUGAUGAGUACUCUUUCCCGGAUGAUCCUUCGGAGAAGGCGUCGGAGGGGCCGGAGAAGGAGAACCGUGGGGUGGCUGGGAAGAAGAACAAGAAGGGUGGUGGAGGUGGAGGAAAAGCGCAGCGGAACAAGGUAGUGGAGGAUGAAGAAGCUGAUGAGAAUGAGAAGGAGAAGGAGAAGGAGAAGGAGGAUGACGAUGAUGAGCCGAUCAACGUCGUGUUCUCUGGUAAAAAGAAGUCUUCCAAGUCGAAGAAGGUUGGUGGUUCUAGUUCUAGUGCUAGUGCUUUUAGUUCUUUUAAUCUCAUUGCGGAGGACGAGGGCAACGAUGAGGUGGAGGAGACGAGGGUGGUCUCGAGGUUUGACAUUGGGAAUCAUGUGGAGAAUGAGGGUGAUGAGAUUAGGGAUCCAGAUGGAGAGGUUGAUAGGUUUGGAGGUGGCGAGGAUGGUGCAUCGAAGAAGAAGAAGAAGAAAAAGCAGAAGGGUGGGAGGAGUGCGCAGGAGGAGGAGGAUUUAGAUAAGCUCCUUGCUGAGCUUGGUGAGGGACCGGUACCGAGCGAUCCUGCUCCGGCUCCGGUUCCGGUUCCUGCUCCGAUUGUGGAUGACGUUGACGAGAGUAAGGACCAGCUAGGAGGUGGAGUGGAUGAGGCUGGCUCGAAGAAGCAGCAGAAAAAGAAAAAGAAGAAGGGUGGAAGGACUGCCCAAGAGGAGGAGGACUUGGAUAAGCUACUUGCUGAGCUUGGGGAAGGUCCGGCUCCAACACCGCAGCCAUUGGCUCCUCCAGUGGUGGCCGUGGAGGAGUCUGUUUCUGCUCCACCGGAGCAAGGUGAGGUUGAGGCCGAGGAGAAGGAUCAGGAAGUGGACGGAGUCGGGACCGCUGCGUCUAAGAAGAAAAAGAAGAAAAAGAAGGAUGAUAAGAAGGCUGCGCCGGCUGUAGCUGAAGCCAAGGAAGAGAAGGAAGAGGAGGUGAAGGGGAAGGGUCCUGCGAAAAAGCUACCUAAACAUGUGAGGGAGAUGCAGGAGGCGUUGGCAAGGAGGAAGGAGGCUGAGGAGAGGCAGAAGAAGGAAGAAGAAGAAAGGCUUAGGAAGGAGGAGGAAGAGAGGAAACGGUUGGAGGAGGAAGAGAGGCUGAAGGAGGAGGCCAAACGGAGGAAGAAGGAGAAGGAGAAGGAACUGAGGGAGAAGAAGAGGCAGGAGGGGAAGCUCUUGACAGGGAAGCAAAAGGAGGAAAGGAGGAGGUUGGAAGCAAUGAGGAAUCAGUUUCUUGCUCAACGGGAUGUUCCACUUGGUGAAGUUGUUGGGGAGACCAAAAAAAGACCAAAGUAUGAAACUAAGAAGUCAAAGGCCAACCAAGCCAAGGCUUUAGUCACUGGCAAGGUGGAGGAGAAUCAAAAGGAGGCUUCUGAACCUGAUGUUGAGCUGGCUGAGGAUGAUUCUGUUAUUGAGGAGGAGAUUCAAUCUCAAGUUGAGGAACCUGAGGACAAAGUUGAGGACAAGCUUGUGGAAGAGGUGGGUGAACCUAUGGAGGAGGAGGAGGAGGAGGAGGAGGAGGAGGAUGAAGAUGAAUGGGAUGCAAAGAGCUUGGAUGACCUUGUUGUGAAGCUGCCUGCUACUAGUCCUUUUGCUGAGGAAGACAAGGACGAUGAAGAAGAUGCUCCAGUCACCACGAAGAAAAGUCUUGAGCGUGUUGCAUCUAUAUCCAGUGCAACCAAUGAUUCUCAGGCAAAGAACUCAGCUCCUGCUAAGCCUGCUGUCAAGAAGGUUGUUGCCUCCCGAGCACCUUCCAAGAAUGAAGAUGUGGAUGGAAGUGAGGUUGAUAGAGCAACUGAACGCACUAUGCAAGUGAAGGGGAAGAAGGAGCCAGCUUCAUCUGAGAAAAAGAGUGGAAAUGACCUCAGAUCACCAAUAUGCUGUAUUCUUGGCCAUGUUGACACUGGAAAGACUAAACUUCUGGAUUGCAUCAGACGGACAAAUGUUCAAGAAGGAGAGGCUGGUGGUAUUACACAGCAAAUUGGAGCUACAUAUUUUCCAACUGAAUAUAUAAGAGAGAGGACCAAGGAGCUAAAAGCUGAUGCAACAUUGAAGGUUCCUGGGCUGCUUGUCAUUGAUACCCCUGGUCAUGAGUCCUUCACUAACUUACGUUCCAGAGGUUCAAGCUUGUGUGAUAUUGCAAUCUUGGUUGUGGAUAUCAUGCAUGGGCUUGAGCAGCAAACAAUAGAAUCUCUCAAUCUUUUGAAAAGUCGAAACACAGAAUUCAUUGUUGCUUUGAAUAAGGUUGAUCGACUUUAUGGGUGGAAAGCCACCCCAAACGCACCUAUAAUCAAAUCUAUUAAACAGCAGUCAAAAGAUGUGCAAAAUGAAUUCAAUAUGAGACUUACCCAGAUUGUAACACAGUUAAAGGAGCAAGGCCUGAAUACGGCUCUAUAUUAUAAAAACAAAGAUAUGGGUGAGACGUUCAACAUUGUUCCUACAAGUGCCAUCAGUGGUGAAGGCAUCCCGGAUCUUCUAUUACUGUUGGUUCAGUGGUCUCAGAAGACAAUGGCAGAGAGGCUCACCUAUGUUGAUGAAGUACAGUGCACAGUACUUGAGGUUAAAGUGAUUGAAGGUUUGGGAACAACCAUUGAUGUCGUGCUGGUUAAUGGUGUUCUUCAUGAAGGGGACCAGAUAGUUGUCUGUGGCAUGCAGGGCCCUAUUGUGACCAAUAUCAGAACUUUGUUGACACCUGCACCAAUGAAGGAGCUCCGUGUUAAGGGACAAUACAUACAUCACAAAGAGCUUAAAGCUGCACAGGGUGUCAAAAUCGCUGCACAGGGCCUCGAGCAUGCAAUUGCAGGAACUGCUCUUUAUGUGGUAGGUCCAAAUGAUGACGUAGAAGAUGUCAAAGAAUCUGUAAUGCAAGACAUGAGGAAAGUUAUGAGUCGAAUUGACAAAAGUGGGGAGGGUGUUUUCGUACAAGCCUCUACCCUAGGUUCGUUGGAAGCUCUCACGGAGUUUCUAAGGAGUCCUGCUGUGAACAUUCCAUUUAGUGAUUUUAGUAUAGGUCCAGUGCACAAAAAGGAUGUGAUGAAGGCUAGUGUUAUGCUGGAGAGAAAAAAAGAAUUUGCAACCAUCUUGGCUUUUGAUGUCAAGGUGAUGCCUGAUGCUCGGGAGCUGGCAGAGGAGACUGGUGUGAAGAUUUUUGUGGCAGAUAUUAUCUAUCACUUGUUUGACCAGUUCAAGGCUUACAUUGAUAACUUGAGGGAAGAGAAGAAGAAAGAAAGCGCUGAAGAAGCAGUCUUCCCAUGUGUUCUUAAGAUUAUGCGUGACUGCAUCUUCAACAAAAAGGAUCCUAUUAUUUUAGGUGUUGAUGUCCUUGAAGGCAUUUUGAAGGUGGGCACCCCCAUUUGUGUUCCUUCAAGGGAUUUCAUUGACAUCGGGAAGAUAGCGUCGAUCGAGAUAAAUCACAAACAGGUUGAUGUGGCCACAAAAGGGCAGAAGGUAGCCAUAAAGAUUGUUAGCAAUAGUCCUGAAGAACAACAAAAGAUGUUUGGCAGGCAUUUUGAGAUUGAUGAUGAGCUUGUCAGCCACAUCUCUAGAAGAUCAAUUGACAUUUUGAAGUCUGAUUAUAGGGAUGAUUUAUCCAUGGAAGAAUGGAAGCUUGUUGUCAGAUUGAAGCAGAUUUUCAAGAUACCUUAAAACAGCAAAGACAAAGGCCAUCCGUUUUGCUGGCCUAAUCUAAACCUGUUGUUCCAAUGUUUGCAGAUAAUUGAUUCAAGUUUCCUUGAUGCCUAAAAUACGAGAAUUCGAAGUGGUGAUUCGAAUGAAAUAUAUGAUAUAGAGUGGGAGUGGUGGCCUGAUGAAGUUUUCCCUGCCAUCAGACUAUAUCAGAGUUAUCAGAUUUUGUUAUACAAUUUUUUUUUAUAUAUAUUUUUGCCUUCCCUUCGGGUCACAUUCUCAUGUGGGAUUUUCACGUUCUGUUUCGCUUACCGGUUUAAUUGUUCCCCCUGCUCUUUUAAUUUUUCCAGUUUCUGUAAUAAUAAAAAAUUUUGAGUUGAGCCUGAGUA